AUGGCGCACGCAAAUACGCUCGACGUAGACUCGAUCAUCGAGCGAUUAUUGAGCGUGAGAGGACAACCGAAUAAUCGCACGGUGCAAUUAGCGGAAGGGGAGAUACGCGCUUUGUGCGCGUCGGCGAGAGGUACGGUCGAUUUCGAAUUUCAUUUUUUGUUUCCGCCUAAAUUCGAGCGCUCUCGGAAAAAAAAAGACUCACUCACACCAAUCGCAAAUUCGGGGGAGUGUGAAUUUGGGAAGCGUUACGACGACUCGCGAAUAGAAAUCAGCACAGAACGCGAAAUUUUCCUCGCGCAACCGUGCCUGUUGGAGUUGGAAGCGCCGCUGAAGGUGUGCGGUGAUGUGCACGGGCAGUAUUCAGAUUUACUUCGACUCUUUGAGUACGGAGGGUUCCCACCAGAAGCGAACUACCUCUUCUUAGGAGAUUACGUCGAUCGAGGGAAACAAGGCUUAGAAGUUAUAUGUUUGCUCUUAGCGUACAAGGUCAAAUAUCCGGAGAACUUUUUCCUUUUGAGAGGCAACCACGAGUGUAACGCGAUUAGUCGAAUCUACGGUUUUUACGACGAGUGUAAGCGUCGGUAUAACAUUAAACUUUGGAGAGUAUUUUGCGACGUGUUCAACUGCUUACCAUUCGCGGCAAUCGUAGACGAGAAGAUUUUCUGCAUCCACGGGGGACCUUCGCCGGAGUUGAAGGACUUACAGCAAAUUGUACAAAUCAAAAGACCGACUGAUAUUCCAGACAUGGGCAUGCUCUGCGACUUUUUGUGGUCAGAUCCAGAAGCGGAUAUCACUGGUUGGGGUGAAAAUGAUAGAGGCGUUAGUUACACGUACGGUACAGACGUUGUCGCGGAGUUUUUGGAGAAGUUUGACUUUGAUUUAGUCGUGCGUGCGCACCAGGUUGUCGAAAACGGAUACGAAUUCUUUGGGAAGCGGCAGCUCGUGACGGUCUUUUCGGCUCCGAAUUAUUGCGGGGAGUUUGAUAACGCCGGGGCGAUGAUGACUGUCGAUGAGAACUUGAUGUGCUCUUUCCAGAUUUUGAAACCUGCGGAGCGGAAACUUAUGGGUGGUUUCACGUCGAUGAUGGGCGGUAGGCCUUCGACGCCGCCUCGAGGAAAGAUUUGA